AUGGACCAGACGGAGAUCGACGCCUUCGCGGACCUGGACGACGAGCCCUACGUGCACAGCGAGUGCAUGGGUGAGCCUUCUCCGCGGGGGCCAACACCAGCUACUGGCACUGCGAGCCCCCAGCGGCCAGGACGCAUGACGGAGCUCAGACCGCAGCGGCGCACUCCUGAGGAGAGGCCUCGGCAGAGAACAGAGGGCAAGCAGGCGUCCAUCCUGUUUGCCAACAUCACUGAGUGCGGCCCCCAGGCUGCCAAGGUCUCCGCAGAACGAGGCAAACGCAAGUACAAGACCAUCGCCUUCGUGGAGACCCACGCCACGGCGGAGCAGCUGAUGGCAACCCAAGUGGCCUUGGGGAAGGACGGCUGGAGGGUAGCUGGCACGCCUGCCACGCCCUCUGGCAAGGCGAACACAGGCACCUCUGGAGGAGAGAUGUGGUGCCUCGACAAGAAUUUGGCGGCGACGACGUACGAGUGCCACCGUCGGCGACAUCUUCUGGCCACGGGGAAGGAGGUCUUCGUCGGCUUCUGCCCUGUGGUCCUCCAUCUGAAGGAGGGCAAUGUGGUCUUGGUGGCGAUCCGCAAUCGGCUCCUGGCGGUGGGCAGCUACGUGUCCACCCUGUCCGACCCGUGGGUUCCCCUGGCGGACUGGAACCUCGAGCCCCCCGAGUGGGGCAGAAGCGAGUGGCUUGGCAAGGUCGGCGGAGCGGGUCAGGGGCGCAUGUACGACUAUGCUGUGGCUAAGCAAGGGUGGCAUCAUCGGCUCCGCCUGCAGGCCAUCUUCGACGUCCCGUGGAAGACCCACUGUGCGGUCGAGGUCAUCAUUGAGGGCUCCGACCGCAGAUGGCACCAUGACGAGCUCGUGGUGGCCCGCAGUCUCCCAGCCCGAGAGAGGCCGCCCAAGGCGCCAGACCCAGAGAGCAAGACCUCGAGGCGCAAGGCGGAAGCCCUGCAGUCGCGGGCCCGUGCCUUGCCGCCGGAGUUUCAGGAGACGCUCCUUGGGACCCACGAGCAGGGCAAGGACCGGCACCCCGAGGAGGAGAAGCCUUUCUUCAUCACGGAGGACGCGUGGUCAGGCUGCUGCCCUGCAUGGGAGGAGCCCGUUCCCCGAGCAGGCCAGAUGGAGUACUUCAUCAACGCCGGUCGCCCCGAUGACGCCCAGGCCGGGUGCAUGGGCGCACCAUCAAGCGGGCCAAGGCGGAGACUACCCCAGAAAAGGGCCCGCACCGUCGACGCUGCUGUUGAGCUGUGGAGCACCCCCACCACCUUGGCCAUCCGAGCACGAGCCCUGGUUGCGAACAACACGGACAGCGACCAGCUGGAUUGCGCGCUGGGCGACCUCGAGCAGCGGUGCGUCACCAUCGCGGACGAGGCCCACCGCCCCAGGUACUUCGGCGAUGCCCUCAGUGCUGAGUUGGAGGAGUGGAGGAACGAGAAGGACCCUCUCCUGGCGUCCAUCGGAGAGGACUUCCACCGCAUGUCGUCCUCCGACCUCAUCGGCGCACUCGACCCUCUCAUUGAGGUGUCCGGGCGCUGGGCGAGCAGAGCUUUGGGCAGAUCCCACGCCAAGGCACGGCGUGGAUUCAUCAAGUGGGCUAAGGAAUCCUGGAAGUCAAAGGCGGGGGUCAUCUACAAACGCGCGCGCGAGCCGCAGGCACAGCAGACUGAGGUGCUGCUACGCGACACUGCUGUUGCCGACCCGUGCACUAUCAUGCGUGUGAAGACAGAUGUUUGGGAUAAGGUGUGGUCGGACCCAGAGUUUGACGCGGCCAAGAUUCUACAG